AUGGUAAUGGCAGCGCCCAACAAGAAAGAGCCAGCUCAGCCUGGGAAAGGAAAAAUGCCGACAAACGAGCAAAUAGUUGCAGGAUUUAAUCAACUUCGACAAGAGCAACGCGCAAUAGCGUCUAAGUUGUCAGAGUUAGAACUUGAGUUGAACGAACAUAGGUUAUUGACAGAGUUUAUAGAAAGAUUAACGACUCAGGUAGUUACAAAAGGCAAGGAAAUCAAUGAGUACAGAGAAAAGUUCAACAUAAAGGUUCGUGGAGAGCAGGAGACCGAGGAGAAGGAGCCUGAGGAAAGCUCUAGCAAGACUGCAACACAAAGUGUUCUCGUUGGGAAACAGAGCCAAGAAUGA